AUGAACGGAACGGCCGGGGAAGAGGUCUCACGUGGUAUGAAACACAAAGGCAUGUUGCGAAAAGGCGGAGUGAAAAUAUACUGCGAUUGGAAACUUUUUGGGGGUUACCCUUUUUCAUCUUCAGACUAUUUUCCUCUCUUCUCAACGUGUUUUUUUUUUCAUUAG